AUGGGCUCGCAUGCAAUCAAAGCCGGAGACCUUGAUAUGGCCGAGCAUCUUUAUCAGCAGUCCCUGAUGCUGGCACAGCGCGUGCUAACGGUCCAUGAGCAGGGCAUUGCCGAAGGAAACCUAGGCAUGUGCCUGGGCCAGAUGGAGGGACGCCGGCCGGAGUCCUUGGACCACUUCAAGAAAGCGAUCAAGCUCCAGCAGGAAGGUUCAAACCCCCACGCUAUUGUGACUUUGAUCGCGAACUUCGCGUCAGCACUUUGUGCCGAUGGAAAGUACCAAGAAGCAAAGAAAGAGUACGAAAAUGCCUUGGUGCUCACUCGAAGAAUCGGCGACCGUCGCGUGGAAGUAAAUAUCCUUACGAACCUGGCAAACCUUUGUGAGAAUGUCCUACAACUGCCAGACAAGGCACGGCAAUACCGUGCUGCUCUGAAAGGGGAAUACAGCAAAGAUUCCUGUGCUAUUUGCCUGGAGGCUUUGGAUUCGGAGGGUAGGGCGCAGACUGUUCUGCAAUGCAGUCACAUCUAUCACAGCGAGUGCAUCGAUCAGAUCUUGUCAAGUGAGUCCCAAAGUCGGAGCAAGUGCCCUCUUUGUCGAAACUCUUUCUUUAGCUUCACUGCUGCCGCUUGA